AUUACACUUGUAGUACCAAUUUUUUCUGAGCUCUGCAGCACGAAUUUUAAAGCAAAUUCCCUCCGCCCCUGGGUCUCCGGUUCCCAGCCGAUGCCGCUCGAUCACUCGCAUUACUCAUUACAAUUUUUUCGUGUGCUCUGCGACGACGGGUUUUUUCGUUUACGUGUGAAAGUGGUGAAAAUGGCGGAAAAUCGCAAAUCCAAGAAGAGAAAGUUGCAGGAAUUACUGCAAGAAUUGUUGGAGGAAUCAAGCGACUCGGAUGUUUCGAUUGGGUCUCAAAGUGACGAUGAAGACGCCGAAAUGACCUGUCCCCUUGCCACUCUUUCAAAAGCGGGUCAGGUGCAGCCACCUAACGGUUUAUGGGCUUUACUGGAAAAGAAAACUCCGGAAAAUUUAGGACCAGAGGUACAUUCCGAUAUUUCGGAAUUACUCUCAGUUUUUCUUUCAAAGGGUCUGGAUGCAGAAGGACGUAAGAUUACUCUAGAACAAUAUCCAAUUUUAAAAGGAUGUGAGGCUCUGAAACCACCAGAGAUAAAUCCGGAAAUCAAAUCUUGUGUUACAUCUGCAAUAUUAAGACAGGAUAUGUUCUUAUCAAAGCUUCAGAGCCAAUUAGCAGCAGCUAUAAGUGCACUAGCUGUUCCAUUAAAUAUUACUUAUGAAAAGCUUAAAAAAUCAGACACGCCAUCUUCUUCCCACGAGGAGUUGGAGAAGUUAGGAGAUCCAAUGAAACUUGUGGCCGAUGCUUUUCAUUCUUUAUCAAAACAUAGACGUUACUUAAUGGUUCCAUGUUUGGACGACGCCGUCAAAGAUGUUUUGGAAACUUGCUCUAUAGAUUCUUUCCUUUUUGGACAGAAUUUCACUGAAAAACUAAAGUGCUCUUCUGAAGCAAAGAAACUUGGCGCGUCUAUAAAAAAGAAGCCUAAGAUUAUUCGUACAGGAACUACAGUUCCCACUUCAUCUCGUCGCCCUUUAUCAUCGAAACAGGCUGCUGGAUCUUCAAGAAGAAAUUCACAGUUUUUUCAGUACCGCCAACGUUCGGUGAAACCUCGUUACAGAAAGGAGGAGGAGGGGAGGCACAACCCACGGAAACGGCAAUACCAACAUUAGAGGGGGAAUCAUCAGUUGUCGAGGCCAGUCGUGUAUUUGAAUCGAGGGAAACAUCAACUAUAACAAUGGAGGAGGACCUGACCGCCGUUGCACAGCCAUCAUUAUCACAGGCAGAAACAUCCUUUGUGGCGUCAUCUUACCCUGGAGGCCGGGAUUUUGUCAGGCAGGCUUUCCUCCGUAGAGGAAUUCCGCUAUUAGGUAUCUCACCUAUCAUAUCUUCUCUGGCGCCAAGUACAUUUACUCAAUACAAUAUUUAUUAUCGUAAGUGGUGGAGUUUUUGUAUGUCACAAUCAAAAUCUCCAUAUAAGUAUUCGUUAGACACGUUGUUUUUAUUUUUAACGGAACAAUAUAAUACAGGAGCAUCAUACUCUACCUUAAAUUCACAAUAUUCCGCUUUAUCUUUUGUUUUUUCAUCGAUAGAUAAAGAAAAAAUCUUUUUCAAACGGUUUUUAAAAGGAAUAUAUAGACAGAAACCUCCUCAACCUAAAUAUCAAAUAACGUGGGACCCUUCUUUAGCUCUAGACUAUUUAGCAAAAAUAUACCCUCUACCGGAGGUACCUAUGCCAAAAUUGACCUGUAAACUAGUAACUUUACUUGCUUUAGAAACGGGACAUAGAAUACAGACAUUGUCUAAAAUUAGAAUUAAAAAUAUUGCUCAUUUUAGCGAUAGGCUAGAAAUUAAAAUUCCAGAUUUAAUAAAGACAUCAAGUCGUAAUAAUUGUCAACCUUUGCUGGUUGUUCCAUACUUUUCUGAAAAUCCUUCACUAUGUUUAGCCUCAGUAAUUGAUGAAUAUAUACAAAGAACCCAGACUCACAGGUCUAACGAAGACGAUUGGUUAAUUUUAACUUAUGCUAAGCCUGUUCAUCCAGCAACCACACAAAGAAUUAGUAAAUGGAUUAAGAAUACAUUAUCUGAAAGCGGAGUGGAUAUAAAUUAUUUUUCCAGUCACAGCACAAGACACGCCGCGACUUCGGCAGCCUAUAGGGCUGGAGUUUCGAUAGAAGUGAUUAGGAAGGCCGCUGGAUGGACCCAAAAAAGUAACACAUUUAACACUUUUUAUAAUCGCCCUUUGAGUUCUGAUUCUACAUUAUUUGCUAGAAGUAUACUUAAUAAAAGUAUAAACGUGUAAAAAGAUUUAAAAAAUAGUUUUUUUUGUAUUAAUAUGAUAUUAUUAUAAAAUUUGUUUAUUAUAUAUACUAUAUAUAUGUUCUUCUUUAAUAAAAUACGUUAUUCUAGA